AUGCCCUUAAGACCCAGGGCUUCCUCCCAACCUGGGAUGUCUGCUGUGCAUCUCAGCCCCAAAGUGACGGCGGUCCUUCGACCCCGCGCCUUAACCUCCAGCUCUCGGGCAGCCGUGGAGGACCAGCUAUCAUGCCCUGUGUGCUGUGAGAUCUUUGCAGACCCCGUUGUGCUCCGGUGUAGCCACAGCUUCUGCAGGGCCUGUCUGCACCAGUUCUGGAGCAAGAAGGGGACCAAGCGCGACUGUCCUGUCUGCAGGAAGAGGUGCUCACUGACUGAGCCCACGGUCAGCCUGGUGCUGAAGAAUGUCUGUGACACCCUUGUGCAGGAGCAGAUGGGACUGGCCACCAACGGAUUAGGAGGUGCUGCCACCACCAAUGGUGCAUCCAGGCCUCCUGACCUUUGUCCUGCUCACAAAGAGCCACUCAAACUCUUCUGUCAGGAUGAUGAGGAGCUGCUCUGUUGUGUGUGUCACACGUCCAAGAAGCACCAGGGCCACCGCAUGUGUCCCAUGGAGGAGGCUGCGCUUGACCUCAAGGCAGAGUUGAAGAAAGAACUUGUGCCCAUGAAGAAAAACCUCCGGCGCCUUUACGAGGCCAAGCAGGAGCAUGACGACGUUACUGUACACAUCAAGAACCAAAGGCAGCAGGCUGAGAAACAGAUAAGGGAGGAGUUUACAGAGAUAAGGCAGUUCUUAGAAAAAGAAGAGGCAGCAAGGCUGGCUCGGCUGGCCGAGGAAGAGGAGGAGAAGAAGCAGCUGAUGAAGAAGAGGACGGAUUACAUCACGCGUGACAUUCUCACGUUCUCUCAUGCCGUCAAGGCAAUAGAUGAUGAGAUCGCUAACGUUGAUUCCCAGUUUCUGCAGCAUUACAAGCUCAUAAAAAAGAGGACUCAGUUAACAUUCGUUGAACCAGAGAAGGUUCCAGCUGCUCUAAUCAAUGUGGCCAAGUAUGUGAGCUCUCUGAAGUUCAGCGUGUGGGAGAAAAUGCAGGCCAUGGUGGAAUAUACUCCUGUGACUCUGGACCCCAACACAGCCUACCCCUGCCUGUCCCUAUCCAGGAACCUGACCAGCGUGAGCAACACCGGGGUCAUGCAGAAGCUGCCUGAUAACCCGGAGCGCUUCAACCACUUUGUGUUUGUGCUUGGAUCUGAGGGUUUCGCCUCGGGCCGCCAUGCUUGGGAGGUAAUGGUGGGGGAGAACAACGACUGGGUCAUUGGUGUGGUGAAGGAAUCGAUAUCCAGGAAGGGCAAAAUCUCAGGAGGUCCCGAGGGAGGCUCCUGGAACAUAGCUCGGUCAGACGGCCGCUACACGGCCAUGACGGCUCCGCCAACACAGCUGAACAUAAGUGGUCAUCUGGAGAGAGUGAGGGUGAAGCUGGAUUAUGAGGCUGGAGAGGUCAGCUUCUCCAACCCUCUGGACCUAACGCCCAUCUACACCUUCACUGACCACUUUAGAGAGAGGAUGUUUCCAUUUUUCUGCCCCGGGGCAAAUAUCAACGGCAGUAAUCCAGGCCCUCUGAAGAUCUGCCCAGUUAAAGUGGCGGUGUGGAACAGCAUCUCCUGGUGACAGUGGCUUUUAAAAGCAAGCAGGAUGUAGUUAUAGUCCCUGCUGUGUAUUAAGUUGUUAAAUUCUGUUAUGUUUUUUUUGUUUUUUGACUGAUAAACUGUAGUCAGCUGUUAAAUCAAUGCAAUGUAAUGAAAAUACAUUCAAAAUUCUACUUUUGUUCAAGUUGGUUAGGUGUUGUACAUUGGUGAGGGUUUCACUACAGUUCAAAAGUUUGCUAUCAAUAUUUUCAGUAAUAUAAAACCAGAUAAAUGUAUUAGCUUCUUGUAAAAUGCUUAAUACGUAAAACAGGUUUCAAGCGAUUACUACUAAUUAUUAGGACACUAAAAAUGUCCAGAAUGAAUAGUGGCGUAGAUGAUUCCAAAAUGACCGAGAAAGCUGUGUAACAUCAAGAGUUACAUUCUGAAUUUUUUUUUCUUUCUAAAAGGUGGCGAUCAAAUCAGAUAACGUGAUAAAAAUAAAUAAUUACAGCAUAUUAUUUAUGACUUAAAAACUCCUGUUAUUGAAUGAAACAAGCUUUUGGCAUCUAGCUUAACUCUGCAUUGUACAAAACAUUACUGUAUAAAAUAGAAGAUAUUAGAGAGGUAUAAAAUGUUCUACUGUAACAUUGAUGAGGUCUUUCAUGACGUGUGGGUCUUCAAUAUGUAUGUAUAUAUGUAAAUGGUCAUGGAUCACCAGGGCACAGUGUUCCCAGCGUAAUCAAAGAACCCACCGUGAUGCUGUUCAUUGAGUGAACUCAUCACUUUCAGCAGGCCUUCAACACUCUGCUUGGCCUCCAUUGGUGCCUAGCAAAAAAAAAACAACAAAACAAACAAAGGGGGGGCUUAACGGUCAGGGUUGCUUUGGGUGACCACAUUAGCUAAAUGCUAUGAUUAGUGUAACUGGAGAUGGAUGGUUUAUCAGCCAUCAAGCAGAGGUCAACCAAUGCAUGCAGUCAUGAUUAAACUGACUGGAACCCAGUUUUCAGCAUAUGUUUUAAAAAUAAACAGAAAUAAGCAAA